AGAUACGCCGGAUGAAACGCCGAAUGGAGCAAUUUCUGAAAUUUCUUUUCUUUCGUGUCCAUUUCUCGAGUAUCGUUUCAAAUCAAUUUCGUGCAGAAUCGCUCGCUAUAUGCAUUAUGUACAUUGAUGCACACGUCCAUCUGGUGGCGAUGCACUGUACUAGCGGCUGCUGGCUCGGAGCACGAGCAUAGAAAGAGAAAAAGAGAGAAAGAGAGACACAGGUACGAGACGAGCUUGUGGUGUGAGGUAGCCACCAGUCAACAGCGGAGACGGAGACGGAGAGUCCGAGGUAGCCUGUGCCUGUAGCUGCCCGUAGCUCGUUGUAACGUGACGCGAAGGUGUGCCAAGCUCUUUCGUUUGCCUGUUACUUCGUCCGAAGACGCCCGAUCGUACGUCUACCGUAGUGUCGCGUAUCGAAAGUGUCGGUAGUAGUGUUGUGUGAUCUAUUGGCCUGUCUGUCCUUGUGUGCUAGCCGAAAAAACUAUACCAACCGAGCCGUACAUCAUCGCGGAAAACUGUCAAGAGUGUCGUGUGAUCUCAGACGCUGGCUUCAAACGCGAACGCUUACGGGCAGUCUUCAUCGCGAUCGUGGGGUUGCACGAAACAUAAGCUUUCUGUUGGCAGGCACGCAGGCACGCAGGCACGCAGGCACGCAGGCACGCAGGCACCGGUCGGUCGUUGUUCGAUGAGACGCUAACGCGAUUAAUAGACGCCGUGCGAGAGAAGAUAGAAAUUAUCUGGAAGUAGCGGCAGAGGCUGGUCGCUGGAGAAGGCAGAAAAGUUGUUCGCAGAAUGCCGCAGGAUUUCGCGACUGUCGAAAGAGCGCGAGUCACGUCACGAGCGUGUGACGAAUUAACUAGCUGAGGAUGUCGGAGCAAAACGGGCCCAGCGAGGGCCCUGGACCGGGCCCAGGGCCGGGUCCCGGUUGGUGGCCAACCUCACAGUCCUGGAAAACGAACUCCUGCACCGCUGCUGCCUCCUCGUCCACUUGUUCGACCAUUUCAGAAAACUCCGCCUCCGUCUCUGCCUCUUGCACCACCUCUACGUCCUCUCUGGCGACCACCACAUCGGCCACUUCGUCGACCAGCUGCUGUUCCUCGAGCCCUGGCGGUCCUGGUGGACCGUCUUGCACCAUCACCGCGACCCGCUCCUCCGAAACGGGAAAGAACGUCUCUGUCACGACGAUCAAUGUACCGCCUAAUCAGGACAUGCACGAUGGCAAGGGUAUAUGCAAGUAUCUUGGCGGCCAGAACGGCGUGACGGUAUCGGUAGUGUCGAGCUGUGGCUCCGUACUGGGAUGUGGAAACGCGAACGUUGUGUCUACCACGGGGAUAGGCAACAGCACCGGCACACAGAGUAUUGGCAUCGGAGUGAACAUCCUUGACCAGAACACGGCGGAUGAUGACGCGGAGGAUAGCGACGUUGAGAUAAGCAAAAUCGACUUCCGAGGGGUGAAUUUGCGUACGAAGAAGAAACGAGACGCGUCUGGUAGUCAGAGUCAAAGCGGGGAGAAAAUCGGCGAUGGAGAGGCCGAGGAUGCGAACGGUUGUUACGAUGGAAGCGACGCGUCUCAGCAACAACCGGAGAGGCCUAUGUCAUGGGAGGGAGAACUGUCCGAUCAAGAAAUGUCUUCCAAUACGAUUACAAAUCAAGAUACGCACGAGGACACGUCGAUGGAGGGUGUUCAAGUAUGCGGCACGAGUCCCGGACCAAUGGAACAAAAAUUUCCCAUAAAACCGGAGCCAGAUUUUCAGUCGAACCCAGGUUUCACGUUUGGAUCUUUUCACGACACCGGAUUACCUCUGAAUCACGGCCAGCAAAUACAACAACAGCAACAACAGCGCAACAUCGAGAAUCUCGAACAGACGCAACAAAACGAUUUGCCUCUUCUCGUAGGAAAAUUACUUGGCGGUUACAAUAGUUCGACUCCGAAUCACAGUCCAGUGUUGAAUCCUAGACACCAUCUAACGAAGCAUAGCCACACGAGAUCGCAGGUGCCGUCACCGGACUCGGCCAUUCAUUCCGCAUACAGCGUAUUCAGCUCCCCGACGCAAAGUCCUCACGCAACUCGCCACUCCCCCCUGGGCGCGGCGAGUCCAGUUCCAUCUUCGUCGCUAUCCUUGUCGCGACACAGUUUCAACAAUUCCACUUCCUCGUUGUCGCUCUCGUUGUCACACUCCCUCUCGAGAAACAAUUCGGACGCCUCGAGCAGCUGCUACAGCUACGGCUCUCUCAGCCCGCCCACGCACUCGCCCGUCCAGCAACCGAGACAUCCGCAGCAUCACCAGCAUCAAGUUGCUCAAGGAAGCCCGCUUCAUCUGCCAGCGACCGCUUCUCCCGCCGUUACUCAUCACUACAAUUCCACUGCACCGGGUUCCGAGCUAUCUCCGGAAGGAUACGUUGCAGACGAUCAGGAAGACUGUAGAAUACCCUCGGCACCGUCCGGUAUAUCCACGAGGCAGCAACUAAUUAAUACCCCGUGUCCAAUUUGCGGGGAUAAGAUCAGUGGUUUUCAUUAUGGAAUAUUCUCGUGCGAGUCGUGCAAGGGAUUUUUCAAACGCACCGUCCAGAAUCGAAAGAAUUACGUGUGCCUUAGAGGCGCGGGCUGUCCAGUCACCGUUGUUACCAGGAAAAAAUGCCCCGCCUGCAGAUUCGAGAAGUGCCUCAAUAUGGGUAUGAAGCUCGAGGCGAUCAGGGAGGAUCGCACCAGGGGUGGCAGAAGUACCUAUCAGUGUACAUAUACUUUUCCACCAAAUUUUGUCGGUAGUUCUGCGAGUAACAUGGCCAGCGACAAAUUAACUACCGGAGGAAAUUGUAGUCCGGCUCCGGCUGGUAACGAACAUCACUAUGCGGCAAGGCACCAUUCGAAUCACUCCCAUAAGAUGCAAGUGGUACCGCAACUUCUACAGGAUAUCAUGGACGUAGAGCACUUGUGGCAUUACAACGAUAACGAUCGUAUGACUGGGAUUCAAAACGCAGGAACGAAUUUUACUAGAAACAACGAUUCAAUGUUAUUGAGCGUUAGAAGCAACGGAGGAGGAUCUGGAAUAGAGAACGACACAGGUUCGGGUAUCGAGUGUUCCUCCAAUAGAACCACAGGAAAUGGUAAUCCUAGCAAUAGAAGAGAUAACAGGUCAUGCUCCAAUGUUUCUAACGUUGGUAACGAACAACAUGCUGCACCCGUUGGUAACAGUUCUCAAAUCAACAAUACGAAUUGCAAUCCAACUCAACAUCCUGAUUUUCUGUCGAACCUCUGCAAUAUCGCUGAUCAUCGACUCUACAAAAUAGUGAAGUGGUGCAAGAGUUUGCCGUUAUUUAAAAACAUUUCGAUCGAUGAUCAGAUCUGUCUGUUGAUUAAUUCUUGGUGCGAGCUACUGCUCUUCUCGUGCUGCUUUCGCAGUAUGAGCACUCCCGGUGAAAUUAGAGUGUCUCUCGGUAAGUCGAUUACACUGGAACAAGCUAGGCAGCUUGGUUUAGCGACCUGCAUCGAGAGGAUGCUUGCGUUUACUAACAAUUUGAGAAGGCUCCGAGUAGAUCAGUACGAAUACGUGGCGAUGAAGGUAAUAGUACUGUUGACCUCUGACACGAGUGAACUGAAAGAACCUGAAAAAGUUAGAGCAUCUCAGGAAAAGGCUUUACAAGCAUUGCAACAAUAUACUAUCGCAAGGUAUCCAGAAAUGCCAGCUAAGUUUGGUGAAUUAUUAUUGAGAAUUCCAGAUUUACAAAGAACAUGCCAAGCAGGAAAGGAAUUAUUAAGUGCUAAACGUGCUGAAGGAGAAGGCAGCUCGUUUAAUCUGUUGAUGGAAUUGUUGAGAGGAGAUCACUGAAUUAUUACCACAUUGAACAAUGCCAUUCCACGCUUAUGAGGUCCAUAAGUUCAGGGAAUCGGAUGUAUUAAAUAAUCAAGGAGUAACAGAAAUGUAAAGAAAACCAUAAACAUCGCAGUCCAUGAUACCAUUAGUUCUGGGUGAAGGUACUACAUUCUUGUAGGACUAAUUAGAGGUUCACUGUUUAAUGCAUAAAGCAAAUGAGAAACGAUGUUUCGUUUUUCUAUAUUUUUUUGUUUUUGUUCUUUUUUUAAAAUUGAAAUUACUUUCACGGGGGUGUUGCAUAAUACAACUCCACCUUGAAACAUAACGAAUUUCGAAGCGGCCUAUGGUAUGCUCGAAAUAUUCAGCAUGCAUAUUUCUAUGCAAAAGAGACUGAAAGUAUAAUUGAAGCAGAGAUGCAGAGCAUUUACUUUUACAAUAAUAUCAAUGUACAGAGAUAGAAAGAUUGAUUGAUUGAUUGAUUGAUUGGAGAGAGAGAGAGAGAGAGAGAGAGAGAGGGAAAGGAAGAGUGAAAGAGAGAGUGAAAGGGAGCACAAGAGAAAGAGAGAGAGAGAGAGAGAGAGUUGGUAUCAAAUAGCAUAAAAAUGCUAAAUUUUAUUAGGUAGGUUCAAGUAAACGACGAAUAUACAGAGUUUUAACCUUGAUAAUUAUUAUUAUAAUAAAACAACCAGUAUUUUGUAUUGUUCUGCGCUUACUUAAAAAUAAGACAAUGAUGUCUUAUGUCCCGGUAAUGGAAGUGUACUUAAAUCAUGAGUCGACCAAUUGUUUACUUAUAGAGCAGUUAAUCGUGUAAUAAUUAAUAGGUAGUAACAUUUAGCUUAUCAACAGAACAUUAUCAUCUUUAUCUAUUACACAAAUACAUUCUUUUUUAUUCUCUGUGUACGUUUUAAUAACACGCCGGCAACGGAUGAAACAUUUCGUACGAUAGCUUGAUACGUAUAUAUCUUUUCGAAACGCGUGAAACGAUUUCUGAUAUUUUUAUUCUUGCAAAUUAACUUUAUUUUGAGACGCACGUUUCCAAAUUCUAUGUUACGUUCGGUGAGACUUUUGUCGGAUUUUUAUAAAAAUGACGUUUGUUUGUUGUUAAAAUUUUACGAUUAUUUUAUUGUUUAGAAACUAAGACGGUUUACGUUUGGUUUAUUAUGUUUAUGUAAAAAGUAUGUAUCGUUUGUCGUAAUGACUAAACUAGAACGUUAGUACCAGUGAUUAAGGAUUUUUAUUUAAAAAAUGAAUAUAAAAUUAUAUUUCCAAUAUUUGGAAAAUUUAAUUAUAUACAUCGAGUACAUUAUCGAAAGGAAAAGUUGAUUUGUUAUUCGUUUAAAAUCGUUGUUGAACAAAAAAAUGAAAUAAUGAAAAUUAUUAAAUUAUUAUGGAAGUUAUAAAGGUAUAAUGGAAAAAUUGCGCUUUUGUUGUAAACUGGUGCAAUUUCUUAUUUCGAGUAUACGUAAAAUUUUUUUAUAAAAAAUUAGUCGUAAAAUGGAGGAACUGGAACUUCCUAUUUAAAAUGAGAAAUACUCAUCUCUAUCGUUGGUACUAUAAUGAGACUGUCAUAUCAACGCAUUAUUCUUUUUAUUAACACAGCGAUUAAGUUUCUUUUGAUUUUGAUCGAUAAGAAUAUCACAACAUGCGAUAAUCUUUAAUCUUUAAUCUUUAAUAUUUAAACUUGUAAGAAUCGUCUUCCCAUCUUUAUAGCAGAUUUCCUUUGGUCAGAAAGUUUAGGUUGACCUUACCGUCGUAUACAGAGUGUUCGAUAAAUAUGAUAAAAGACACGACAAAGACAUUUUCGAUCAUUUUGAUUUCAAUUUUCUACCAUUACGAUACAGCUGAUAGAAGUUUGUUUUUAAGAUAUCGAGAUAUUUGAUAAAAUAAACCUAUUGUUUAUCGAUAUUAAUGAAACACUCUGUGUAAACGUACGAUAUUGUGUGCAUCGUGAAAGAUUUUGUUUGUAAAGUUUCGUUUCCUCGUCGAAUAUCAAAUUCUUACAUCCUCUUCGGGUUCCAAUAGCCUAUAAUUUAAUCGUAAUUAGAUUUUCUUCCCUAGAAAGUAGCAGAGGCCAACUUCUCUAUUUCCAAGGAAUCUUUUUAAAUAGUUCUUACUUACGUAUUUGAAUAACGAACAAGAUCGAAGCAAAACUUCUAGUUUCAAAUAUAUCGAUGAUAAUACGAUAUCGUCUUAUCGUCUGAAUCUGUAGUAAUCUAUCGAGAAAACGUUGUUUUCCUAUAAUUAGUUAUUGCCAUUGUAAUUAAUUAUUCGAAAGAAAGGAAAAGCUAUAUUAUGGUGAAAAAUACGGAGGAUUUUUCGGUAAAGAAUGUGCACGCCAUUCGGCUUACAAUUUUUAAUAACGAAUAAAUAUCGUAUAAAUGGAAAUUCUCCCGCUAAAGGAAGUAUUAUUAGUACAUUAGUUAGUGAAAAAAAUUACUGAAAUAUUUGUGCCUUCGAUAAAAUUUAGUAUUUUAAUCCUUUCGUAAUGCGAGGUAGACGCGAGAAGAAUUAUAUUAAGAACAUCGUGUAGAGAUAAUAUAAAUAUAUAAAACCAACGACCGACAGUCUGAUUAUAAUUAUUAGUCAAUGAAGGAUUCUUUAACGAAAUGAUUAUCGAAAUUGAAGAUUUCCUCGUCUAUUUUAUUUUAUCGAUAAAAUCGAUACGAAAUCGAACAAAUCUUUUAAUCAUACAUCGAAUGAAAAAAGAAGAUCGAUCGGUAGGUAAAAGAAUUAGAAAAGUAAAAUUAAACCAGUAAAGUCUUUCAUUUUGAAUUAGUUUAUGUUUCGAUUAUUCUGUAUAUGGUAGUGCUAAAUUUUAACGAACUAUUUAUACGAAAGAACGAAGAAAUUUAUUUUAGAUCGAAAGUUUUUUACCAAUUAGAAGAAAGUAUAAAUUAUGCGACGCUGCUGUAAAUAUAAAAGUACGGAAUAAUAUUUUUCUGUAACGUAUGUAUAAAAGAUAGAGAGGGACGAAGAGAUCGAUGAGUCUGAUAAACGAAUAAAUUUAAGCGUAGGAAAAAGAGAAGAAAAAAGUACGUGCACGAGAAAGAAAAUAUCUGUGAAUGCGUAACGUUAAUUUAAACGAAAGUGCGCGGAAUAAAAUUAUAAUGACGUUAUAUUUAUAUUUAAAUCGUUAAAAAAAAUUGUCGAGUCUGAUCUAAAUUUGAUAAAAAAAAAAAGAAAAACACGAAAAAAAGAAAAAGAAAGGAAUAUAUCCAGACGUUUAUAGCUUGAUCAACUUUGUUUCAUUCAUGUCCACUCGACUAUGACAAAAGCUUUAGUUUAAGCACAGUUUUAUUUCAUUGAUCCUCGAUUAAAACUUCGAUAAUAACAAUAAUAAUAAUCUUCCGUCUUCCGUUUGCAAACAUAUAGUAUUAAUUCUAUAAUAACGAUAAUAACAAAAUUGGUCAACGUUUCUUCGCCGAUCAUGACAAUAUACAUAUGCACUCGAAAUUCUGCAAUUCGUUAGUAUACAUCGAUCAAAGAGCUUAAAUACAGUACAUUAUAAUGAUUAAUACACAUAUAUGUACAUGUGCGUGUUGAAACUAAAGAAAUCGUAUGCUAGAAAUAAUAAAUAUCACUUGCGCAUAGUUUAAUAUGUAAUCUUUAAUAGGAUUAUCGAACACAGCGGAGAAAAUUGUCACAUAUAUCACAUGCAAAGAUAUUAAUGAACGAAGAUAUCAUGCACGAUCAACUGACUUGCAUUUAUUUUUCCUCCUAUACUAUCGUAUUUCGUGUUUUCUUUAUAAUAAUCCUUUUUCUUUUCAUAAGAACACGAUCAUUUCUGUAAGACAGCUGAACGACUUAGAUUAUCGACAAAAAUAUUUGCUUGUCAAGUCAGUUAAUCGGAUGAAAACAGAUUGCGAAAACAUUAUAAUCACGAAAAUACUUCAUAUUCCCAAUAUAGAAAGAUGGCUAUUUAAACGCAAUUAGAGGAUAAUUUUAUACAUACAACAUGUUCAAUACGAAAUAAAGAAAUUUUUAUAAAGUA